ACCUAUAACAUAUAUAAUAUAUUCUAUAAUAUUAAUGUAUUUCCCCUUUAACGUGGCCAAAGUCCUCGGUAUGAGUUGCUCUGCAUGUAGAAGCAAAGAAAUAUUCUUUCGAGUGGAACUGCACUUUUGCUGAAUAAUCACGUGUGAAUUUAGGGGCGGGCUCUUGGCAAACAGUUUUUUACGAGUAUUUACUACAAGGUCUACUCCCGAAGAUUAACCAUCCCAGUACUUCUGUCAGUCUCCGAUGCCAUGCCUGGUUAAAAACUCCCCCAAACUCACCUAUUUUCGAUCGUCAGUCACCCUAAAGAAUGGCCGAGCCUUUGGUGAACGAUUUGACGUCCGCAUCUGCAAAGGGGGACCUAGUGCAACUUACUAAUUUGUUGCAAAAGAUUGUAAACGUCAAUGCCCAAAAUGGAUUUGGGAGGACUGCGCUGCAGGUAAUGAAACUUGGGAAUCCUGAAAUUGCCAGGAAGUUGCUAAAUGCAGGUGCUAAUCCUGAUCUGAAAGACAGUACUGGGUUCGCUGUAAUUCAUGAUGCAGCCAGAGCGGGUUUCCUGGACACGGUGCAGACUUUACUGGAGUUUAACGCUGAUGUUAACAUUGAGGAUAAUGAGGGAAACCUGCCGUUGCACUUGGCAGCUGAAGAAGGCCACCUCCCAGUAGUGGAAUUCCUUAUUAAGCACAAAGUAAGCAAGGUGGACCAUAAGAACAAGGAGGGUUACACUGCCUACGACUUGGCCAAGCUAUACAAGAAGAACGAUAUAGUUAAACUAAUGGAAAGCAGCAGUUUAAGUGCAGAAGCUGCAGACAUGAAUUAAAUCAAACACGGACAACUUCUUACUUAGACCUACGAGCUUCUAGCCCUUGUUUUGAAUAACAUUUAUUGAAACAUUUUUCUUUUUUUUAAGUAACUAGUGCAAGUCUAGUGAAACUGCAAAGGUGUAGAUUUUGUAGACAGUGAAUAUAUUUAAAAAUCACACCAAUAGCAUUUCCUGCACCUGCCAUCCCCAAAACGCUAGAAGAGACACAAGACGGACAUACGUUGAUCGCUUUUGCUUAUCUCUUGCAGAUUAUAGUUUUACACUUCCUUCGUUUGUUUUAGAUCACUAAUACAGAAAAGGCUGUAUACUAAAAUGCUUCUGAUAUUUACGUUUUUAAAAUGUUUUACUGUUAUUUUUUCUGAAGAUCAUGACUAACAAUUUUAAGCACUGUUUCUGACAAAACAGGACAGUAAAGAGUGUAGUCAGUGGUUCAGGCAAAGUUAAAGGGACAUUUGGCCUAGAAAGACAGCAGGAUGGGGCCCUACAAGUAUUAGGAAAUAGCUAUUUUUGGACACUAAUUAGAUCUUUUAAAACUAGAUAAUUUGCUUUCUACAUUGAGAUUAUACUUUUAGUUUCCUCUAUAUUUAAUCUCUCACACAUCUGAAAUUGAUGAACAGAACCAAUGUAAGUGGCUUUUUGAUUACCAAGAUUAAAACAGCUUGGUUGUUCGUGUUUUCUGUGCACUGAACAAAACACUUUUCUAGUUUCAAAACAAGCCGCAGACAAUCGUUGUCAAAGGAAAGAGUAGAAUAAGGCUGAUAUACCAACAGAUAUAUCCCAGUUAUCUGGCCACUUCACAAUCGAAGAAAAGGCAGAAGUUAUUUAAGAAAUAUUUGCUUCCCACCAACUUUUUAUUUUAAUUAACCGUUUUUAUUGAAGUUGCGUAUCCUAAAAUGUGGAUAUUGAAAUACAGUGGAAUUUAGAGGGUAACACUUUUGCUUUUCAUAACAUUAUAUUAUCGCUUGCACGUGAAACACACUUACCCUGAAUAUCUUAAACAACAUUAAGGUUGGUAGCAUUCCUUCGACCCACACUACCAUCGGAUGCUGAGCGCUUUCUGCUUCCCUGACCGCAACAAGCGCUAAAGAUGUUCAGCACCUUGUCGGACUGAAGUUUAUUGUCAACAUUUUAUACCACGUUAUAGGUGUUAGUAGUUUGGCAUAUCGGCAAUUUUAGACGCUUUAUCUUUAAUAUUCUAAACAUUUUAACUGCACUAAAGAGAUGGAAUCAAAUAUAAAUGAACACAUUCGCAAAUGUCACCAAAACAGCAUUGAUAAAGGAAAUUAACUUUAAUUAAGAUUAUUUUAACUUUUCGGAAAAGGUUUUAGCCCCCAAUCAAACAACAUUCUUGGUAAAUAAAGUUUUCAUAAACUGCUUAUCCCCUUUGAUGUUUACUUUUCACUCACUGUCACAUUGCUGUGAUAUUGGUUAAAAAUGUCUCUGACCUGUGUGCAUUUAUUGUCGAUGUUAUAACUUCUGUUCCUAAAUAAUCUAACCACCUAAACAGGAUGCUGUAUGUGGUGCACGUUUUGUGGAAGAAUCUACACAAUAAAUUACAUGGAGAUUAUUAAAAGAAACAUAUUUGGAGUUGUUAUAACCUUUGAGUGCAAUUCACAAGCCGAUGGGCUACACGGCUACAAACAAACCCCUGCUGGUGCUCACAGAAAGGCCUUGUCACUUGCCACUGGGCAUAAAACAUUGCCUAAUGUCCUCAUUCAUUUCCCAUUUUUACAACUUGUCAUUCACAAUAUCUGUCUUUACCCUAUAGAGCUGAAUCUCCCCGAUGCUUUCCAUCUUUCUCCCACACAACCACAGGAGAAAAUUCUCUAACUCUGAAGGCAACAUUCAUCUGUGGCGCUGCCUUGCUUCUAUGGCAUCUGCUAUACUAAGCUAGAUCUUCCUUCUGAGCUCUACAAAUAUCCAGUUUAAUUUAAACUGAAUCGGUCUAAUGAAUUCCUUCAUAAAAACACUCCGGGCUCCAAAACUAAUGCCCCGGGGUUCAAAAAUGGCAUUCAUUGUAAGGAGGAUGACCGAGUUACAACCCACUUCGGGUCCCUUUUUAGAUUGGAAUGUGUUUUCCAGUGA